AGCAGCAGCAGCAGCAGCAGCAGCAAGCACCAUGGAGAGGUCCGGGCCGCGGCUGGCGGGGCUGCCGGCGGCCAGCUGGCUCCUGCUCCUGCUGCUGCUGCUGCCCGGGACCCGCGGACAGGGGGACCCGGACCCGCCCCUGCAGCCCCGGGCCCUCGACGUCCCCCACAGCGCCCACGAGAAGGAGCUGAUCGAAGCCCUCCAGGAAGUGUUGAAGAAGCUGAAAAGUAAACGCAUUCCGGUCUAUGAGAAGAAAUACAGCCAGGUGCCCAUGUGUGAUGCUGGAGAGCAGUGCGCCGUGAGGAAAGGGGCCAGGAUUGGCAAACUCUGUGACUGUCCCAGAGGAACCGCCUGCAACUCCUUCCUCCUGAAGUGUUUAUAAAGGGACCUGCGUCCUCCACCUGCAUCCUUCCCUCGAUCCCCCUCCCCCCCACUCCCCACCUUUCCACGAAAGGACCACUCUGUCAUCCUGACCUUUGACUUACACAACUGAAGCCUACAUCCGCUCCCGAAGAUGGUGGAAAUCUUUUCCUGGGGUUGCCCGUUCAGAGCAUCUCAAUUAGGAAUUCCCGUGUCGAAAGGUAAUGCCGUGUCUGGUGUUGAAGCAGUUGUAAAGUUUUCCCUCCAUUUAGUUUUAUUUAUGUGGCAAACUCUGUGUAACCCUGUGUAAGGAAGUUGAACUUACCUUGGAAAAUUGUAUUUUUGUAUGUGGAAUGUCCUAAUAAAAAUUAGAUCCGAACAUCUGUGGUAGUUAUAUCUUAAACACGACUUGGAAAAGAAGAACACCACAAGAAAUCCCAAGACAGUGUGUACAAACUAUAUAUAAUAAAGGGUUUUUAAUGAUUGCUUUCAUUGCACUGGUACCCAGAUGAGUUAUUCACUGUUAAAAUGCUCUGAUGUAGAAGAUAAAUUACUGACUGGUAGAAAAUCA